UUGUCUCUAGCACUAGCUUUUUAAUUUUCAUUUAGUUGUAAUGUUUCAUAUCGAAAGAUCGCUGAGUGGUCUCUGAGCGGUCUUCGAGCGAUCUUAGUCUAUCGAAAAUAUAUCGCGCGAAACGUAUCUAAUCCGUAAGAAAGUGGUCGUUAGAUACGGGAGUGUGGCUCAGUUGUGCAGCGGUGGUUCGGUUAAUUUUGGCUCUUGGAUGCAGGCAUAGCCAUUGUACUAGAUUUUACUUUCUUUGAUCGCACGAUUUUCCAUUAAUUGUAUCUAUGAAUGCCAGUUGAAGAGGAACCGCAUGUGGAGGAAACAAAAAAUUCAUCUGAAUUCAAACUUUGUUCAAAACCAUCCAAAAUCGAAGACUCGAGGCUUGUGGAAGUUAGUGGAAAGUGCAGGAAAAAAUCCAUAUGACUCACUGUGGAAAUUUCGCGAUAAUAUUUGAGGAAAUUAUGCAUCUCGUCUGGGCAAUUGUGUUUGGAAUGCAAUGAAUUUACUUUCAAAAGUACGAAACCAAUUCACGAUAGGUCAUCGCCGACAUCUCGAAGGUAUUUCCGGAGGCCCAUUCCCUUCAUCAAUUUCACUUUCGACAGGGGCCAGCUGCGUGUGGGUUCAAAGAAAGUUUGACCGUGAUCUUCAGUAGCUUCGUGUGCUUCCCGGGCUACCAAAAAAGUCAUCUGACUGAUUGGACCAGUACGAAAGUGGCCUAUUCCAGUCGUUUACAAGACAUCAAACAACAUAAAUUAACAUAGAUAGUCGUGAACAUUUUGGACUCCUACGAUUUCGUCGCUCAACCAUUUCGCCAACCUAAAUCAACUCAAAAUUGUUUACGAUCAACUUGUUAAAGGUCCGUAAUCCGCUCCCGAAACGGUCUUAGAUAUGUUUCGAUUGAAUUUCAAGUAGCUUCGUGGCUUUUAUGCAACAGUUGCGUUAAUGUACGCUACUUGCACUCCGAGUACGCAACACACAUGUUAUUUUACCCACAUAUCAUUCGUACGUACGUAGUUGACGCAACGGCCCCAAUUGCAGAGUUGUAAUUUUUAGUGUUUCGGCAACAUUCCGUGGACGCAAACCAGAUCGCGGUACACAUGUAGCUGGUGUUGUGGUAUCGCGAGGUUCGUUAUGCAAAUGUUGUGCGCAAAGAGAGAAAGUGUUAUUUGAAUUUUGUUGAAUUUUUUAAUUUAUGUUGAUAGUUUUCGUGUUUCUUUUUUGAGUACAUAUAGUACUUGCUACAGUAUCGUUAUUUCCUUCAGUUCGGAAUUUUUUGGGAGUAAUCUUUGUGCUGUGUAAACAGUGAGAUUUUGCGUGAACAAGCCGUUACUGCGGAUACGAAGAAAAAACACUGAAUUUAAAUUUAGGUUCCGGCUUUUUAUUUGGAAUAGGAGAAUUUUGGGCGGAAUCCACGCGCUUUGCCGAUGCAGAUAUUGGAAACACUUUUCAGAAUGAGGAGUACAAUAGGAAUACUGCUGCUAGUCAGUAUAGGGACUACGUGGUCAGCAGAUAUUUUAAUGGUUACCAUGGGUGGAACAAAAUCACAUAAAAUUCCAUUUUGGGAGCUCGCCAGAGGACUUAUUUCACGAGGUCACAACGUGACAUUCCUAAGUGGAUUCCCGGCUGAUUUCUCUCUCAGUGGAUUAGAGGAAAUCACUCCAUCUCAUCUGGUCGAAUACAUUCAGAAUUAUACAAAUUGGGAUCUUCUAGGACGACGAAUGUCCGGUGAAAUGCCCAUUACAGUUUGGGAUACUAUACGAUAUGCAUUUGAGUCAUGUGAGGCAAUGUACAACGAUGCUGAAACGAAGGAGAUGCUGUACCGAAGUUUUGACCUAACAAUCCUGGACGGAGCCUUUCCAGAAUGCGCAUUGGGCCUAGUCUACAAAUUCAAAACACCAUUUAUGUAUAUCAACACAGUCGGAUUCCACGUGGGCAGUAUGUCCACUGCAGGCAAUCCAACUCCUUUCUCGGUGACCCCUGCCUUUUUUAGUUCAUUCACCGAUACUAUGAACCUAUUUCAAAGAGCUUUAAACACAGGGAUGCAUAUAAUGGCGAACCUAAUGCAUGUGGUAGUCGUAUUCGGUCUUGAAAGGAUCCUUCGUAGACAGAUCAGCAGUGAUGUCCCCGGAAUAUACGAAAUGUCAAGGAACGUCAGUUUCAUCCUUCAAAAUGGUCAUGCCACAGUUAGUUAUCCCCGCCCUCUCCUUCCAAACAUUGCUGAAAUAGCGUGCAUACACUGCAAACCAGCUGGAGCUUUACCCAGUGAACUAGAACACUUUAUAAACGGUGCAGGAGAGACUGGUUUUAUAUAUGUCUCAAUGGGAUCAUCAGUGAAGGCCGCAAAUAUGCCUGAGCAUCUUCGUCGUCUUCUUGUUCAAACUUUUGCCCGACUUCCUUAUCGAGUUCUUUGGAAGUGGGAAGGAAGCACAGCCGGAAUGCAUGAUUUAACUCCAAACGUUAUGCUUAGCCGAUGGCUGCCACAACAGGACAUUCUCGGACACAGGAAGUUGCGAGCUUUUGUAACGCAUGGAGGUCUUCUAAGCAUGUAUGAAACUGUAUACCAUGGAUCACCAGUGGUGACUAUGCCAGUUUUUUGUGAUCAUGAUUCAAAUGCAGCCAAAGCAGAAGUAGAUGGUUAUGCAAUUAAGCUACAAUUAGAAACACUAACUUCUGAUAAGUUGUAUAAAGCUAUCAUUAAGGUCAUUCACGAUCCCAGAUAUAGACAGGCGGCUAAGAAACGGCAAAGACUGCUAUUGGACCAAAGAUCGUCACCUUUAGAUACAGCUAUUUAUUGGACAGAAUAUGUAUUAAGGCAUAAUGGUGCCUACCAUCUUCAAACACCUGGAAGGAAUUUAAGCUGGAUACAAUACUAUCUCAUCGAUGUCUUCCUACUCUACGUUGGACUCGCUACACUAUUUUUAUAUCUUUUCCGGAAGCUAGUACGUCAUGAGCUCAUAGCAACUUUACAGAAAAAAGAAAAAAUCAACUGAAAUACCAAAGCGAUUGCGUAUAGAAGCGUAUCUUCUCCUUUUAGGGGAGUCAAGAAAUCAAAAAAGAAUAAAAAUUGGAGAUUUAUUGUUAAUUUGAUGGCACUAUGGUUACCUAAUUAUCUAAAAUGAAGACAAUCGUUAAUGUAAAUAUCAAUAAGGAUUUAUUGUAAUUUAUAUGUUAGUUUUAUUAUUAUAUUUUAGCGUUCAAUUAAUGUAAAUAUUAAUUAGUACGCUCGGAUUCAAAAUGGCACAAAAAAUUCAAGAAAAUGGAAAAUGCACAAAUUUAUUUAUAAGGAAACAUGUUUGAUGUGUACAGAACGUUAAGUUGAAAGAAUUAUUGUUUAUUUUAUGAUAAAUUAUAACGAGUUGUUACUAGGAUCUUUGUGGGAAUGCAAAGUCCUAUUAAUUUAUCUUAGUUUGUAGUCAAUUAUAAUGAACUCUUUGUGAUGUUGAAUGAAUUGAUUUUUAUCAUAUUUUUUCUUUUGUUUUGUAAAUACACAAUAAAAAUAAGACCAUCGUAUUAUUAGUCUGGGGGUUAAGCAGUGCACUGGUUACUGGGGCCAACCUAUCUCUCUUUGAGAGUUAGCUGUCUCUAUUCUAGGGUAAAUUGUUCCUUCCCAGGGGCCAAACCUCUCAUCUACCAAGACCGUUAGUGGGUAGUAAUUGCCACGCCCUGUACGAGGUGGCCCUAUUAACAAAACACUACGGAUCUAGAUUGGAAAGUCGAAAAACAUCUUCCACAACGAACCGUGCCUGACUGUAUUCGAACGGAGCCUCACUGAUACCUGGUCGCCUCAGUGAGUAAGUUUCACCUUACUGUGCUACGGUGGGCUAUCGGCACAAAUAAGUACACGUAUUAAAGCAAAGAAAAUUACAACUAAACAAGUGGAACCCCGUAUCGCAUACAACUGCCCAACCGGACGGAGGCACAUCUCCGAAAUACUGAGAGUUGGGUGACUAUACCCAAAAAGAGAGAAGCUAGGACGUCAAGCAGUGGACCCAAGGUCAACAUUGGUAUACUGUAAGGACAACAACCAACAAAGACCACUGCUCAAAAAGCAGGGACAAACAAAAGCACGUCUGAGAUCAGUAUAUCAGACGUCAGGAAGGAGACAAGCCUCAGCGGGGCAAGUGCUAAAUGAUACCUGCAUUAUCUGAAAGAAGGCCUGAAACCAGAAGAGGCCCUUAAGAAGGCUCAAGGCUGAGCUAAGCCAUCUUUAUCGGAGCCAAAAAAGCGGGAAGCAGCGGAAAUUAAUCCGCAUGAGGGGAAUGCUCCCAAAAAACCAAAACCUGAACUCAAGAAGGAUGAAAACCUGUCGUUACAAACAUGAUGAUCGGAUUGAGUCACAAGCCUCGGAGAAAUGCUAGGGCGUCCACCUCAGUCGACGCGGCAGGACGGGCCCCGGUCCUGUCG